AUGAUGCAAAAACUGCAGAUGUAUGUAUAUAUUUACCUUUUCAUGUUGAUUGCUGCUGGCCCAGUGGAUCUCAAUGAGGGCGGUGAGCGAGAGGAGAGUGUGGAGCGGGAGGGGCUGUGCAAUGCGUGCGUGUGGAGACAAAACACGAGGGACUCCAGAAUAGAAGCCAUCAAAAUCCAGAUCCUCAGUAAACUCCGCCUGGAAACGGCUCCUAACAUCAGCAAAGAUGCUAUUAGACAACUUCUGCCCCGAGCCCCUCCGCUCCGGGAGCUAAUCGAUCAGUACGACGUUCAGAGGGACGGCAGCAGCGAUGGGGCUUUGGAAGACGACGAUUACCACGCGACGACGGAGACAAUCAUUACUAUGCCUACAGAGUCUGAUUUUCUAAUGCAAGUGGAUGGAAAACCCAAAUGUUGCUUUUUUAAAUUUAGCUCUAAAAUCCAGUACAACAAAGUAGUGAAAGCCCAGCUGUGGAUCCACCUGAGACCCGUGGAGACCCCCACGACAGUGUUUGUGCAGAUCCUGCGGCUCAUCAAGCCCAUGAAAGACGGUACACGGCACACUGGGAUCCGAUCUCUGAAACUCGACAUGAGCCCAGGCACUGGCAUCUGGCAGAGUAUUGAUGUCAAGACAGUGUUGCAAAAUUGGCUCAAACAGCCUGAAUCCAACUUAGGCAUUGAGCUCAAAGCUUUGGAUGAGAAUGGGCAUGACCUGGCUGUAACCUUCCCAGGACCAGGGGAAGACGGGCUGAAUCCCUUCUUAGAGGUCAAAGUAACGGACACACCCAAAAGGUCCCGACGAGACUUCGGUCUUGAUUGCGACGAGCACUCCACCGAGUCCCGCUGCUGCCGCUACCCGCUCACGGUGGAUUUUGAAGCAUUCGGAUGGGACUGGAUCAUUGCGCCCAAGAGAUAUAAAGCCAAUUACUGCUCCGGAGAGUGUGAAUUUGUGUUUUUACAAAAAUAUCCCCAUACUCACCUUGUGCACCAAGCAAACCCCAGGGGCUCAGCGGGCCCUUGCUGCACACCCACAAAAAUGUCUCCCAUUAAUAUGCUAUAUUUUAAUGGCAAAGAACAAAUCAUAUACGGGAAAAUUCCAGCCAUGGUCGUAGAUCGAUGUGGGUGCUCGUGA